UUUCAUUACAAUCUCUCUCUCAAUCUCUUCUCUCGAUCUCUGAUCCAUAUAUUUUUUAGCCUGGAUCACUCAUUUUUGAAAUUGAAAUCCAAAAUUUCUUUGAAAAUGCAAGAAAUCAAAACCCCCUUUACCAUCGAAAACGCCAAUUACAUCCGAUCAUCCUUAUCAGAAAUCAUACUAACCGGCGGCAACACCUUAGAUUCAAUAUUCUCUCUAUACCCAUCAUCAGAUCCAAUCACCACCACCAACCCAAUUCAUCAGCCUUCAGGAUUAGGAUUAGGAUCCUCUGUUUAUCUCCGUCAAAGAGAUAUCUUGAACAAAUUUUGCCAAGAAAACCCAUCAGCCUCUCGUGCAGCUUCAAAUUAUCUAUCUUCCUCUCCUUAUUCUUCAUCAUCAUCAUCGUGCAAAUACAUAAACCCAUGUAAGAAGAAACAGUACAGAGGAGUUAGACAGAGGCACUGGGGAAAAUGGGUUGCUGAGAUUAGACUUCCUCAAAACAGAAUGAGGGUUUGGUUAGGUACUUACGAAACGGCUGAAGCUGCUGCUUAUGCUUACGACCGUGCGGCUUAUAAACUCAGAGGUGAAUAUGCUCGUCUUAAUUUCCCUAAUCUUAAGGAUGCUACCAAAUUGGGAUUCAGUGAUGGGUCGAAACUUAAUGCUUUGAAGACUGCGGUUGAUGCUAAGAUUCAAGCAAUUUGUCAGAAGGUGAAGAGAGAAAAGGGUAAGAAGAUUUGUAAGAAAAGUACUGGAUCUGGAGAGAUGAAGAAGAAGGUUGUUGUUGUUGAUGGCUCUGUUUCAGUUGGUGGGAAUGAAAGCUUUAGUAAUGAAAUGGUGUCUCCGGCUGUUUCGGAUGGGGAAUGGAAGUGUGGAAAUUCGCCGUCGUCUGUUUCGUUUGAGUGUCCGUCUUCAUCGUCGGUCGGAAUGGAGGAUUGGGUAUUUGAUUCUUAUCCGCUUGAUCGUAUGCCAUCGUUUGAUGCGGAUUUGAUUUGGGAUGUUCUUGCUAAUUAGUGUUCUUCUAGCAAUUGUAAAAAACAUGUUGUAGUCUUAUGUUUUCAUCAUCAGAUAUGAAUUGUUAAGGGAAUUUUCUUUUAAUUUACUGUUUGUAAGUGAUAUGUUUUUGUUGUCGGAUUUACUCGAGCUUAUUCGGUAA